GUCAACAAGCAUCAGUUCUCUCUGAACAUUCAACGUCAGUUUCCAAGCCACCUCGCAAUCAUGAAUUCCAUGAAAAGCCUUCUUAUCUGUGUUGUCAUCGGCUUUGCGGCAGCUGACAACCGCCCUCCAAGCAAUGGCUACGCCCCUCCCCCUAGCAAUUCCUACGGACCACCUAGAAACGGAUACGGAAUAGACCCUGCCAUAGCCGCUUUGGCCGAAAAUAUCCCUGGAGGCGGCGUUCCCGGUGAAGACUAUCCUAUCUUGGCCUCUGUCCCACAAACCGGCUUCUCCUGCGACGCCCAAAACGUACAGGGCUACUACGCCGACACCGCCCGUGAUGCUGGCUGCCAGGUCUUCCACAUCUGCCAGGACAGGCCCAGUGGACGCCGUCAGCAGGACUCCUUCCUCUGCCCCAACGGCACCAUCUUCAACCAACAGUACCUGGUCUGCGACUGGUGGUUUAACUUCGACUGCGCUGAUGCCGAAUCCUUCUACUCAGUCAACGAACUCAUAGGAGUCGUUGCUUACGAUCCUUACGGAAGGCAGAGCAGCAAUGGCUAUGGGGCACCACCAGCUCCUUCCGGGGCAUAUGGGGCCCCUCUUUAAUGGCCAUCUUAACUGGACUCCUCUUCCUAAGGUUCUCUUUUUUCCAACAGGCGAUUAACACAAAUUGCUCUUCCUGCUACAGACAACUGAAUAAAAUAUUCUUUUCGCUAAAAACCCUGAUUCCUCUUCCUAGAUGAGGGUAUAUAAGUGAAUAAUUGAAUAAUAUCUAUUUUGUUUAAAUAAAUGUAUGCCAGUA